GUAAGGUUAGGUUAGGUUUCUAAAGUGACAGAUGUCUGAUGCAGAAUAUUUUAAAUACUGCAAGGAUAUCAAGUGUCUGGUUCAUUGAUUCCGUAAUUUAUUUGGAAAAUGGAAGUUAAAGCAAAAAGUGAACAUUUACUAGCUUUAAAAGUAAUGAGAUUGACAAGACCCACUCUAGCAAGUCCUGUAGUUGUUACGUGUGAUUCAACAGAUUUACCAGGUAAUACACUAAAUAACGAACUCAAAAAUGAUUGCACAGCUUUGCAAGGUAUGGAAGCACUUGCUAUAGGACAAUUUAUGGUACUACCUCAGAGUUUUGGAAACAUAUAUCUAGGAGAAAUAUUUUCCAGUUAUCUAUGUGUACAUAAUGGUAGCAAUCAAGUUGUAAAAAAUGUUAUUGUAAAAGCAGAUUUACAAACAAGCACACAGAUAAUUUCUCUUUCUGGUAAUAAUCUAGAAGGGAAAGAAUUAGCACCUGAUAGUACAGUAGAUGAAGUAAUUCAUCAUGAAGUGAAGGAAAUAGGUACACAUAUAUUGGUUUGUGAAGUGUCUUAUAUCUGUGCAAAUCAAGUCGGACCUCCAUUGUCAUUUAGAAAAUAUUUCAAAUUUCAAGUGGUCAAGCCAUUAGAUGUAAAAACUAAAUUUUAUAAUGCUGAGUCAGAUGAGGUAUAUCUUGAGGCACAAAUUCAGAAUCUAACAGCUGGGCCAAUUUGUUUAGAGAAAGUUGCUCUGGAAUCAUCUCAUUUAUUUAGCGUGACCACAUUAAAUACGAACGAUGAAGAAAAAUCUAUCUACGGAAGCGUGAAUCUACUGGAUACAAGCUGUAGCAGACAAUAUCUGUAUUGUUUAAAACCGCAGCCGAGCUUACUGAAAGAUCCCAAAAUGAUGCAGAAUGCCACAAAUAUCGGUAAAUUGGAUAUCGUGUGGCGGAGUAAUCUGGGAGAGAGAGGAAGGUUGCAGACAAGUCAGUUGCAAAGGAUGGCACCUGAGUACGGAGAUUUAAGGGUCACUUUAAAAGACAUUCCUUUGAAAGUCUAUCUGGAAGAACCAGUGAAUUGCAAAUGUCAUAUAAUAAAUACCUCAGAAAGAAGUAUGGAUCUGUUGUUGAGUUUAGAAUCGAACAAUUCUAUAGCUUGGUGUGGAAUGUCGGAUAUGACAAUCGGUACUCUGAAACCUGGAGCUUCUAUAGACAUACCUCUCUGCUUAAUCACGCUGGACACAGGUAUCAUUACCGUUUCCGGCCUAAAACUGACGGACACAUUCCUAAAGAGAGUUUAUGAAUAUGACGACUUGGCGCAGAUAUUCGUCAAUCAAUUGGAUUGAGAGGUACAUGCACGACAAGAAUAUUUUUGUCAGCUUUGUGGCAUUUGUUGUUUAUAGAUAUGAUACACAGUGCAUCAAAAUAUUGUUAUAU